CGACCCGAUGUAYCGGUSAUCCCUCAAARUUAGAYAAGGUAAAAAUUUUCGAUAUCGAUUUGGUUGAAACGUUUUCGAAUCAGGGAGCAAGGGAAAAAUUCCGAAGGAAGAAAUAAACGCCACAAAUCAUGUCAAGCACGCGUCCUCUGGUGCGGUCUGUGGUAAAGAAUUUCCUCGAAUCGCAGGAUGGAUAUCAUUUGAGAGCGGAUGUCCUUCGUGUUAUCGAAGAAGAAGCAAUGCUCAUGAGAGAAACCGAAGAAACMAAGGAUAUGCUAGACUCGGAUCCUUUUCAGCAAUUCGAACUCGUAAAGCCUCAGAUCGAGCGUCUCAAGAAGAUUAUUAGGGUCAAAUCCUCUUCGCGGAUUCGAACGGGAAAUGAUUGCUGCCGAGUCGAUGCCGUUGUCGGUUUUGAAAACUGCAAUAAUUUGGAACUUACCUUUCGAUAUGAACGAAAGCGUCGGCRGGACGAAGAUGGACGAAUGUCGAAGGCAGGCUUUCACAUUAGAUACUCCAUUGAAAUGUCUGUCGAUCACCAACAAAGAGAAAACCUGUUGGUUGCUGAAGUAUGGGCAGCAAACGAUUGGCCUUCCAUUAAAAAGGCRGUUUGUAUAAACCAAAUGAUGGCAGACCAYGCAGAAAACGAUGACGCGAGUGGCGGCUGGGAAGAUAUUGACGAGGACGACAAUGGAGACAGCCAAGAACUCGCUGAUGAGGCACCGAUAAUGCAAAAGAAUKAUCCCCAAUAUAUGGAUCAAAGAACCGCCGUURAAGAAGAAACAAAUGCAAAAAGACAGAAGUUAAAUGAGAGUGAGGAAACGAAUGGCRCGAAUUGCGAUCCUGYAAAGAGUGAUUCUGAACAAGAUAGCGACGAAGCCGAUUCGUACAUAGCAUAUCUGGAUCCCGAACUUUUGGAAACCUUUKUGGAGCUCACCAAAAUCAGAUCCGAUGCACUUCACGAGGGAACGGCAUUUUUCUUGCUCAUGACGUUCCCGUUUUAUGAGCAAGAAUGGGACUUGGUUGGAUACCUGAUAGAAGAGAUAUUUGGAGAGGAAGAGAAGGAAUGAUAAAAAACAUUCCAAUGCAGCAAUGCUGUAGGUACCAUUUAUUUUUCAUUUUGAAGAGAAAAAACCAUUUUCAUAUUU